CACACACACACACACACACACACACACACACACACACAGAGCACCUCGAUUGCGCACGAGCCGAUCUUUUGGACUGGUGACUGGUUUGGAUUUGUAGCAGCUAGCUGCACUCUUUCUGACUGUGACUUGUCCAUCCCUGACCCUCAUCUCCAUCUUCUCCGCCCAACACCAUACCAUCGCUCCGGUGCUCUCUUAGCACUCGCACGCCCACCUGCGUGCCAGAAUAGCUUUGUCUGCUUUAGACUUGACAGUGACAGCUCUGCAAUCCACUAUUCCUGCAUCAAGACACUACCAGCUCCAUUCUUCGUGUCUUCGCUUUCGGUCCCUUCUCAAAAUGGCACCUCAACAGAAGGGCUUCUCAUGGUCCAACAUCGCCGUCGGCGCAACGAUGAACAUGUUCGAAGUGUCGACGCUUGGACAGCCUCUGGAGGUGGUCAAGACGCAGAUGGCUUCCAAUCGCAAAGCUUCUAUGGUCGAAGCGCUCAGGACGGUCUGGUCCCGUGGUGGUGUAUUGGGUUUCUAUCAAGGUCUGAUCCCUUGGGCUUGGAUUGAAGCUAGCACAAAAGGUGCUGUCCUCAUCUUCACUGCUAGUGAAAUCGAAAAGGUCGCAAAGACUGCCGGCGCUAGUCCUGGCACUAGCGGUCUGCUGGGAGGCAUGGGUGGAGGUAUUGUUCAGGCGUACGCGACUAUGGGAUUCUGCACCUGCAUGAAGACUGCAGAGAUCACUCGUCACAAGCAAGCAGCUGCGGGUAUUAAGCCUCCAGGAACGUUCCAGGUCUUCAUGGAUAUCUAUCGCCGUGAGGGAAUAAAGGGUAUCAACAAGGGUGUAAACGCUGUUGCUGUGAGGCAAUGCACCAACUGGGGCAGUCGUAUGGGCUUCGCCCGUUUGGCAGAGACGCCUGUUCGUGCCUUGUCCGGAAAGACGGAGAAGGACAAGCUGAGCGCGUUGGAGAGAAUUUUCUGCUCUUCCAUUGGCGGUGCUCUUGGAUGUUGGAAUCAGCCCAUCGAGGUCAUCCGAGUCGAGAUGCAAUCCAUGGCGAAGGCUGAGCCAGGAUCGAACAGGCCUGCCAAGUUGACAAUUGGCAACACGCUUGGAUACAUCUACAAGGAGAACGGAAUCAAGGGCCUUUACCGAGGUGUCACUCCACGUAUCUUCCUCGGCAUUUGGCAGACGGUCUGCAUGGUCAGCUUCGCGGACAGCCUGAAGGCGUACAUUGCACCAGCGGCGGAGAAUGCAGCUCACAAGGUAGAGGAGCUCAAAGAUGCGGUCAAGGAGAAGGCCUCGUAGGGUGCCUUGUACAGUCGCUCGCUUUUGACGGACGUGAACAAAUAUUCUGGCGCAAGCAGGCAAGGGAAACGAUAGAAAACAUCACAAGGCUCUUUGAGCAGCACGCUCCCUCGCUGUUUUCUCCCACGCGCAAAUCCAGAUGGUGUCAAUAUGCGGCCGUACAUGGGGGUUUUGAAAUUGACAUCUCUUGCGUCAAAAGAGAUUCGUGCAUCAGAG